ACGGAACUCCCGAAAGGAACAAAUUCGCCAUUCCUUUGAUCCAACAUCAAGAAACAAAGCGAGUUCGAGCAUCGUGCUCGUUCCAGUUUCCCAACUCGYAACGGYAGUAAAUGCCAUUGUCUGGUCUGAAAUUGCACCAAUCAACGGUGGCAUGUAUCAUUCGCUGUAAGCGGUGAUUGAUUUUCCAGUUCACCAGACACAGACAACCUUCACAAAAUGGCAUGGUCAAGUCCAAAGAAUAGCGGAAGGAGGACGAGGACAACUCGAACCCCUGCCGGGCCGAUCUACUACGACUCGAAACACUCAGUUGCCAUUCUMCUUCAGUGCAACGGRUCGGCAUGGCUCAGGGUAAUACCCUGGUGUAUCCUCAACGCGGCAUUCACGGCAGCAUUAACGGCACUCGAAACGAGAUACGACCUGCCACUAGCGCUGCCGGGCGAAUCGUCGUCGCUCGGCCACGAUUUUACCGGGUUGGUGCUUUCCUUUUUGCUGGUGCACCGAAUCGGCUGGGCACUCCGCAGGUACUCUCGAUACCAGGAAUCCCUCGGCACUGUCCUGCGGGACGUCCGGGGCCUGACCCAGAAAGCCAUCGUUUUYUCUCGGCGAAACAAGAACAACGACACCUCUGCCAAGGAAUGGAGGUCCGAGAUCGCCUAUCGGAGCCUGCUCAUGGCCAGAAUGACCACCGCCAAUGCGGAAUUCCCUGUUGCGCAGAUCCCCGCACACGAGGUGGCCGAGCUCGACGGCCCGGAGCUCCAGUUUUGUACUCCCGAUCGGGACUUUCUGYACCACGCCGAGAUUCCGUACAGCAAGGGGAUCCACUCCUUGUUGCGGAUGCCCUGGAAGAUUGCGGAAUUGAUUCGAGAGACAAUCUGUGGGUAAGUCCGCCAUUCGAUUGCCCGSUUUUUCGGUUCAGAUUGCCAAUUCGGUGCAACAAGCAAGUCUAACUCUAAAUUUCGCACGGAUUCUUCCACGCAAUCCAAUGCUUUCUUUCGCCUUGCCCSCCUGGUUUGCUACAGCCAAGAAGAACGACUGGUCAAGCCAAUGAGCACAGACCACGAAAUGAAUCUGCUGGCUACCGUGGAUUCUAUUCUCGCUGGCUACCACGGAAUCCAAAACCUUAUGCUGACGCCCGUCCCCUUCCCGCUCGUGCAAAUGACCCUCACCCUCACCAUGGUGUACGUYUUCACGCUCCCCCUGGUGUUUUUAAAGGACGACGCCCAGCGGAGCCUGCUCGGCGACUGUUCRCGCGUGUUUUUUGCCACGUAUUGUUUCCUCGGCCUGGCGUUUGUCGCCCAGGACCUGGACGAUCCCUUCGGGUGCGGCCCGAACGAUUUCGACGCCGMGGGCUGCUUCGGGUUUGCCCUGGACGACGUCGUGACCAUGAUCCACGACGCGGACGGCCUGGAAUGGGCCGAUGCGCUGCGGUACAAGUGCAACCCAAACCCCUCGAGGGCCGUCCACGACGAGAUGGUGGGCGCGAUGACGGGAGAGCGCGAGGGCUUGCUGCCAAAGCACAAACACGGCGGCGGCGACGACAAUCGCCCCUGGAAGCACGCCCCGGUUCCGGACUGGAUGGCGUAGGAGAAGAGCUGCCGCUGCUCCUCRCAAAAGAUGGUGCAGGGUUUCUUUUUGUGCUUGUGGCGUUGCCGUCAAGCCCAACGUCCAAGUCCGAGACCAAGCUUGUAGUUCCAUGGAACUUUUGCGGUGCCUUUGUUCGUGCUGGUUGCAGGGAUUAGUUCCAUACGGCACCGCCUUUAGAGGACGACAAGCCACAGAUGUGAAGUAAAAUUGUUUAAUAUUU